AUGCAUUGUUAUGCUUGCUUUUGGAACCAUCACCUUUUUACUUCAUGUCGAUUUAAGAAGGUAUUAGAAGACUCGUUAUUGAGGAAGCGGGAGGGAAGUAACCUUGUAGAAGGCAUCAUCUCGCUUACCGACAUUUUUAGAUUCUCUUACUUGGUUAGAACCUAUCCAAGGAAGGAUUAUCAGUCUCUAAUUCUCAGAUACCUUACAAGGUCUUCAAAUGAGAAUUCAUUUACAGUUUCAUACCUCAAAAACAAAUGUGGGUUGUCCUUAGAAUCUGCUUUAAAGGCCACCAGAUAUGUUCAUUUUGAAUCCCCCGAAAAGCCUGACUCUGUCCUUGCCGUUCUCAAGAACCAUGGUUUCUCAAAGCCCCAAAUCACCCGCCUCAUCAAGGGACGCCCGGCAGUGCUUACAUCAAAUGUUGAGAAAACCAUUUUGCCCAAGCUUGAGUUCUUAAUCUCUAAAGGUGUUUCAAACCCCGACCUUGCCCAUAUCUUGUCUCAUAACCCAACAUUUUUGUUCUCAAGCUUAGAAAAUAAUAUACGCCCAUCUUAUAAUUUCCUUAGUACCGUGCUUAAGUCCAGUGAGAAAAUUAUCCUUGCUGAAUGUAAUAUUGCUUCAACAUUUUGUUCACAGCCUACAACGUUUUUUAGAAGUCCACGUAAAUUUAAGGAUAUGGUAAAGGAAACAAAGGAAAUGGGAUUUACUCCUUCUAAGCCAUUGUUUAUGGAAGCACUCUAUGCGAUGAGUUCAACGAGCAAACCGACAUGGAAGAGGAAGAUUGAUUUCUUUAAAAAGUUUGGUUGGUCUGAGGAGGAGGUUUUUGAAGCUUUUCGGAGGUAUCCUUCGUUCAUUUCGUUUUCUGAGUACAGAUAUAUGGUGAUGAUCGAUUUCCUUGUGAACAAAAUGGGCUUUCCGUCUAGUGUUUUCGUGAAACCUCCCUAA